AUGGAGCCCCCAAGUUUUGGCGUUGUUCCGAUGAGAUUCUACGCCAAUUGGGAUACGGAUCGGGCUUCGAAUUACAGUAUUCCGAGGUAAGUGCGCUAUUUUUUAAAUGAGAAUGCUUUAUUUAGACAAAAGGAAGCAGUUCAUCUAGUUUUUUACCUAAAAUAAAGUAGUUCAGCCAAUUUAAUAUCUAAAAUAAAUCAUUUUAGGGCGCUUUCUAUGGUAUUAUCCCGUUUAACGUUCUACAAAUGCAUUGAAAUUGAGAAUACGAUAGUAAUUUGUGUUCGCCUGCAAGGCCACAAACGUUCCCUCAGAUCGAAUGACAUAAGUGUCCCCAGCAUCCAACAGGGCGUCCGGGUUGAUCUGGACAUUUCUUUUAUCAUCCAGUAUUCUCAUUUCGUCAAAAGAAAAGCCAAUGUUCUGGAGAUCUUCAUCCAACGACGGAAGAAAUACAAGAAUCGCCAGAUCCCUGGGUUCAAAACACUGGCUGCGGGCUUCCUUAAUUUGGAUGAUUUAUUGCAAAUGGGAGGGUCAAGGGAGGUCAAGAUAUUCUCCAUGAAUCAGCUCAGCAAACCGGAUGUGGAUGUUAACGGUAGGGAUAUUACAAGAUGAAUCUUUUUUAUCCACGAUAAAUCUUAAUUGUUAUUACCUAUUUUGGUUGUAAUAAUUUUUCAGACUCCCAUGUCGCCACUAUCUUUAUUUCCCACUGCCAAACCGUCGCGAUCGAAAGUGGUCAGAAGAACCUAAAACAUUCUUUGGCCAAGGAUCUGACGGCCAGAGACGACAGCGAAGACGAUGUUCUGGAAGAUGAAUCAAGCGGGGAGAGUGAGGAAGAAGUGAACGAUCUCGUUGAUUUCGAUUCUUCAAAUAGAAUGAGAAGAAAGCGAAGAAUUCCGACUAAGAAGAGUCAAAAGAACCUGAAACAACGGCUCACAAAGCUGUUGAGAAGAUUCAAAGUUCCUGAAGAGAAUGUAAGUUAACUUCUAAACUCACAUAAAUGGUUCAGGUGGAUGAGGGAGACACACAUUCGGUGCUCAAACCAACGGCCGAGGAACUGGAAGAGAUCUUUGAGGAACUGGAGAACAUCUCGGAUUCGGGUCCCGAGAUCGAGAUGGAUAAGCUAAGCAUCCGCUCCAACCCCCGGCCAGGUCUUCAUCGUCCAUUCUUCGGGUCGAAAUCUGAUAUUCUCCCAGUUAUCGAUGAUGCCAUCGCUUCUGAAGAGUCGGAAAGUGAAGAACAAGAGCAAUUCAGUUCGGAUAAUGAGAAUAAUCAGACCAUGGAAGGAGCUCAUAAUCUGAGUAAAUUCGACCAGAGAAUCCUCAAGCAUUCCAAUACGAACGGAUCCAUCAAUUACACUCCAAAUGACGUCAAGCCAAACGCCGACUCAACCUUCACUAUAAACGAUAUGGUGAGGUUAUUGUACUUUUUGAAUCUAACUUUUAAUUUGUUUGGAUAACACUUUCGGAGUGCAAGUGUUAUUUAUAUCGUGUGGUUUUAGUUGACGCGCUUGGACAGUGAUUCGUCGAUUGUCGCCUCGAAUGUUUGGAUCUGUUCCUCGACGGAUUUUUCUUGGAUUUCGCGUGUCGACUUCAGCAGUUUAAAGAGGACCCGAGUUCUUGAUUGUCCGUCAGCUUCAGAUGUCCGCACGGUCGUUCACAAUAUAAUUUCGAGGAUUCAGAAGUUGUAAGUACUGCUUCUAUCGGUCAUUGUUUCAGUUGUAACACCAACUCCGUUGCCCCCUCUCCUACUCUGAUCGGUGUCUAUGGCACAGAUCGUCAUGUCUCUCACAUUCUCCGUGCCUACGUCGAUUUCCUCCAGAACAAACCGACCCAAGCGUGGAUUACACAUCUUCGAUUCACAAUUCUCUGUCCUCCGGCUUCAGCGUUGGGACGAUUAUUGUCUCAAGCGUCAGAUACCGGUCAUGCUGAAGCUUCUUGGAGGUCUUUGAGUAAGAUCGCAAGCCAAUUUGAGGCCGGCGACAUCACUCCCGGGAAGGUGAAUGAGAUGGAAGAGAUCCUUUUCAAUGCCAUGAAUGCCGCUGUAAAUCCUUCGGAGAAUCGUCUUCUGAAUCUCCCCAUAGGCGAGGUAAUGCUUCAACUGAGUCAGAGCAAUUGGGACUCCUCAAACAAUGGAAAUCAGCCGGAAAACAAGUCGGAUACGCAGCUCUUUGUCCCAUUUUUAUCCGAAAUCCAUCUAGGGAAUCUGGACGAAUUGAAUUAUUUAUAUUUUAUGAAGAAUUCUUUCGACGACGCCCCUUCCCAGAGCAAUAACAACAGCAAUCAGUCCUCUUCUAGUCAGCAAUCCAAUCAAAAUAAUCCCGUCCAGCUCUCCAAUAAUCCCUCAAGCAUUUCCCCACCCGUCUCACCUCAACUUCCAAAGUAAGAUUACUGUUUUUUAGUUUGAUUAUUAUUUUAGGCAACAAGAGUCGAGCAAAGAAUUGCAUCUGGAGUACUGGACCGAUCUUCCGAGCACUUCCCUGCCCACCCAUCAUGAUCUAGAUCCAUUGGACCAGAGUUUUAUGCAGAAUACUCCAGGAUCAGCGAAGUCUAGUGUGAUGGGGAACAAGUAUUCGAUAAAAGCGACGCUAAGGACCUUAUCCAUUGCUAGGGAGUCCAUGUCCAGUCUUUUAUCCAUUCAAUUUGUGAAGGAAAAAAGGAAAGAUAAGGUCCUCCAAAAGUUGGGAAGGAAACCCAAGCCGGUAAGGUUAUAUACUUUUGUUCAUUAUUCAGUUGGGUUUAAUUGUAAUUAAUUCGUUUUUUCAGAAGAAUGCGGAAGGAUUUGCGCAUUCCCAAGCACGGGUUGUCGCGAAUGUCUCCCGUCUUCUCUGUUCUGGAGGAAAGAACUCGGAAUUGGAGUUAUCCAUCGACGGGGUCUUCUGGAAACACAUCCGCUUCUUCCAGGUGGCCUCACAAUGGCAGACUCACGUCAAACAAUUCCCCAUUUCGAUGCCCUCUCCUCCUCAAACUGCUCGCUGA